UCCAGAGAGACAGCUGCGGAGAAGACCCAAGGAGCUCUAUGUCUUCCCCCAACCCUGAGGAUGUGCCCCAGAGGCCAGAGCCUGAGCCUUCAAGCUCCAAUAAGACAAAGAAGAAAAGAAAGUGGCUGUGGCAAGAAGCCAGCAUCCAAGCCCUCACCAGGGCUGGCCACGGAGCCCUUCAGGCUGGCCGGAACCAUGAAGCCUUGAACAACUUCCAGAGGGCCUUCCUUCUGGCCUCCAAGACCCCACAAACCGGGGACACCCUGGUGCUCCGGGCCUGUGCCUUCAACCUGGGGGCUGCCUAUGUGGAGACUGGGGACCCAGCCAGAGGCCUUGAGCUGCUCCUGCGAGCCCACCCUGAAGAGAAGGCACAGGGCAGGCGUCAUGGAGACCAGUGUUUCAAUGUGGCUUUGGCCUACCAUGCCCUUGGCGAGCUGCCUCAAGCUUUGGCCUGGUACCACAGGGCCCUGGGCCACUACCAGCCACAGGGUGACCAGGGAGGAGCCUGGGCAAAAAUGGGAGCCUGCUACCAGGCUCUGGGACAGCCUGAGCUAGCAGCCCACUGCCUGCAGGAAGCAAGCCGGGCCUAUGUCCAAGAGAGGCAGCUGCAGGCCGCAGCCCUGGCACUGGGGGCUGCGGCAGGAUGUAUGCUGAAGAGUGGGCGGCAUCGGGUAGGGGAAGUUGUACAGGUGCUGGAGAAAAGCCGGAGGCUUGCCAAGAGGAGCACUGAGAGGGGACUGCUGGGGCACCUCUAUAAUGAUCUAGGCCUGGGCUACUGCCAGCUCCGGCUGUUUCCGCUGGCUGUGGAGGCCUUCCUGCAGGCCCUUCCUCUGUGCUGGGUGCCAGGAGAGCAGGCCACAGUGCUAAGAAACCUCGGGAUGGCCCACAACGCUCUUGGCAACUAUCAGGAAGCUCAGGAGUUUCACCAGAAGGCUGCUGACCUGCACGGCUCUGUGGGGCAGCGGUGGGAGCAGGGCCGGAGCUUUGGCAGCCUGGCCUUUGCAUUGAGCCAGCUGGGGGACCACAAGGCUGCCAGAGACAACUACCUGCAUGCCUUGCAGGCUGCCCGCGACUCUGGGGACAUGAAGGGACAGUGGCAGGCCUGUGAGGGUCUGGGGGCUGCUGCAGCCAGGCUGGGGCAGUAUGACCAGGCCUUGAAGUACUAUAAGGAAGCACUGGCCCAGUGUCAGAAGGAGCCACAUUCUGUGCGAGAACGGCUGGUGGCCAAGCUGGCAGACACCGUGAGGACGCACUUGGCCCAGGUGGGGCUGGUCACACCCUGUCCCUCUACUCCCCUUCGUUCCCAGACCUCGGCUCCGGGAAGACUCCAGGCUCCAGGUGGGGCCAGCCAGGUGGAGGGGACCCCAGCAAAGGCAGGAAGCAGUGCAGCAGGUGCCCAGCACAGAUCUUCCAGUGGGUGGGAAGAUGAAGAGUUUGAGGAGGGCCACCAGGAGAAAAAAGAGGAGAGGUCGGCAAACGUUCCCAUGAGGGCUGGGCCGGGGAGACUGGAGCUGUGUUUCCUUCCAGGCACAGUGAAUCAUUCCCACCAUCUAGCUUCUAGUUGCCCCAUGUUUACCAAGCACUCGCCCUGCAGAGGGACAGUCCUCGGCAAAGCCUCCGUGUAUAGUCCAGGACCCAGGGCCCAUUUUCCAUUUGUAGGUCGAGGCCCUCCCAGAGCGGAGUACCCUAGCAUCCUGGUACCCAAUGGCCCUCAAGUCAAUAGCAAUAUGAACAACCCUCACCCAGCUCUGGAAGCCCGGGGCAUGCCCUGCUUCCUGAAUGGCCUGAUGGUAGGCCUCAGUGAAAGACAGGGUGCUGCAGGAUGGGGGGAUAUGAAGCUUAAGCCAACUCCCUCCUUCUCUGGAGCCCACCAGCAGAGGUCAUCCAAGUGGCCCAGGGAAAGCCUCAGCAGGAGCUGCCAGAGGAGACCCAUGGAGUCGGGCAUCUGCACUAUCGUGUGACCUCCCCCUGCUGGCCGCAGCCCUCAUCGCUGAAGCACCUGCCCAACACGCACAUGCUAGGGGGGUCCUGGGGACCAAGCCUCUUCCCAGUUGCUCAGCCCUGCAGGGGUGCGGAACACAGUGCAGCUAGUGGACUCCUGAGGAUGCUGGGCAAGGGUUUUUUGCAGGCUCAGCCCUGAGAGGUUCUGUUUGUUCUUCCUUGGGAUUUUUGGACUCAGUAGGUAAAAUAAAAAAGGAAAAUGGAUGGCAAAUUCCCUUUGUCUUUCUGGAUCCAAAUCUUAUGAUUGCUAGGGGCCUGGGAGUUCUAAAAACUGACUUCGUGGUCAAGUAGCUUUGGAGUCACUGACUGUCUCCAGACCUCCAUUUUUGCCUAUGGGAAAUGAGGAUAUAAUACUACAGAAGAGGCAUCUUACCCAACCGAUGCACCCUACUUCCUCUGUGAAACAUAGGGGAUGCUGGGCGCAGGCCUAGGCUGUAGCCUGUAGGACAGCUCCUGCCAGCAGCCACAGGAACAAUGAUGUGAUGUAACAUGUCCUAAGUACUUAGCUCAUGCCCCACCCUAUUCUAGGUGCUUCACAAGUGUAUUCUCCUCUAAUCCUCACAACAAAUAUAUGAGGUGCUAUUAUCAUCCCCUUUCACAAAUGAGGAAAAUAAGGCACAAAGCUUCAGUAGUCUGAAUUCCCAGAUCACAUAACUAGUAUGUAGAGAAGCUGGGAAUCAAAUCCAGGCAGUGAGCACUUUCUAGAAUGCUGUGCAGUUCCACUCCCCCAGCUAAGCCCUUGCUUACCCAGAGGCAGUUGUGAUUUAAUACCAAGUGUGUUUAUGCCCAUUGUGUGUGUUACUGUAAUUCAUAAUUUAAUUAAAUACUAUAUACAUUGAUGAACAGGCCAGGUGAAAUGGCUCAUCCCUGUA